GAAUUAUUUUGUUAUAUUCAAUUUCGGAAUUUACGAAUCGGUUGUAUUGCAACGGAUUUGUCCGAUAAUUCACCAAGAUGAAACCUUUAAAGCGCAAGCAAGCCGGAAGUGACGCGGCAACGCCCAAAGUCAAGCUGGCAAGGAUGGAUCAGCCACCUCCGCUUCCGACGGAGGUCUGGGAACUGAUUUUCCAGAAUCUCAACGGCUAUUACUUGAAAUUGGCUCGGCAGACGUGCUCGUCCUGGAACCGGAUCAUCCUCGGUUCAACGCGGCUCAUGGGGAAAUUCCUCCUGAGCCUCACCUCGGCGCACUUUGCCAACCAUCGCAAACAUGUCCGGGCUCUACUGGCUACCGGUGGCUACACACAGGCCGUUUUCCACAUGUAUGGCAUCGGGAACCACAAGCCAAGGAUCAACUGGCUCGUGCCACUCGGGUUGACGCUCCACACACUUUCGUUCGAAACGAGCGGAACUCAGCUGCUGCUGGCACAGAUUCUGAAGGAAACGCCCAAUUUGAAACGGCUCGACAUUAUUAUGGACAAUCGGAACACCAUCGACGUUGUUCCCAACUUCCGGUUGGAGAAAUUGGAGGAACUGAGCAUUAGAUGCUUCGAGCGCCCCGCCAAAUUGAUCCGCUUCUGCCGGCAGAUUUGUUCUCGAUUAACUGUUCUGAAGGUGUUUGGUUUGCCUUCAAGCGAGGGCUUUGAACCGGAAGUCAUUGCGUUCGUGCUGGAGGUUCGCAAAACGCUACAAGAACUGGAAACUGGCCUUUCGUCCGCGAUCGUUGAUGCGUUGGAAGCGAUGGACGAUCUGCGCUUGACACGAGCAAAUCUUAUCGGAAGUUCACAGCAUUGUCUACGAUUGCUCAGGUCUCAGCCCAACCUGGUGCAGCUGGACAUCUCGCGAGGCUUUGGUGAUCUGGUUGUAGAGGACUUGGAUGAAAUUCUUACGCUUCUGCCACACCUAAAGACGCUGGCGGUCAGGUUCAAGGCUUACGCAAGCCAGCCAUCGUUGUCUUGUCAGAUUCCAUCGAUCAUUGAAACUCUGUGCAUCAAAUAUGGACAUCUACACAUGGGCUCCAAAUUCCGACUGAACAUUAACAUACGCAACCGGCCAAAGUUGCGCCACCUAAGCCUUUCGAGCUGCAACAUCUCGCGUCGCAAUCUGCGCGCGAUCUAGCCCAAGUCAUCAGCUUAACGUUGAGCCGUUGCCAUCUCAAGCGUUUAUCGGAGCUGCUCCUGCUGACAUCACUGCAGCAAAUUGAGCUUAGCUCCGUCCGCUUUGGAGACCACACCGUGCCAGAAUCCGUCGACCCGGUUCGUUCCCGAGUUCGCUCGCUGAAGGUGAAACAAGUGAAUCGAGAAGUUUGUGUGGCCGCUGUUCAACUGUUCCAGGGCUUGGAACAGUUUGAAGCCGGCGACGGAGUGGACAUCGACGAAGACGUCCUCGAGGAGCUGUCGGACAACUCGCGGCAACUUAAGCAGCUGCGACUCAGUGGGUGCAGCUUUGCUACCAACUGUCCCAGCGAUACGCUGCACCUGUUUGAUGCCCUGGAGACGUACUUCAUUUUGUGCCCGGUUGAUGCGUUUCAAGAACUUGAAGAGUCUUUGGAAGGUUUGUGCAGAGGUGUCGAGAUUAGGCUGCAAGGGAUGAGGGAUAGGUAUGUGAGUGUUGGGUUUUGAUCGGAAGAUUUGCAGAACAUUAAAUACUUUAAAAUAAAUUACUACGACUUAAAUCUGAUAUUUAAAUAA